AAGAAAGUACCUAAAUCAAUCGAUUUAAAAAAAUAAACAUCAUUUUCCUAAAUUUAUUAAAAUCUCGACAUUAAUUUAAAUAAAAAACAACAUCUGCGUGAUUUUCCAUCUCUUUUAUGAAGGAAAAAAUGUAAAAUUCAGAGUUUUAGUUAUUUUUAUAAAAAAAAAAUUAUUGGUGUUACUCACAACACUCUAACAAUGGUUAGAGUGUAGUUUUCACUUGUCACUAAAAACAAUAUGAUUAUUAUUUAAAAGUGAAUGUCUAUAAUUACUGUUAUGUAACAAAAAGCGGGAUUUUUUGUUAAAAAGCGGAAUUGAAAUCUAAGUCGGGAUCAACCUUUAAAAAGCGGGAUAAUCCCGAUUUUGGCGGAAUGUUUGGUCACGUUACCUAUACCCCUUAUAAGGUCAUCUUUAGAAAACUACUCAUAAUUGGCUUAAAAAUGUAAAUAACCAUAAAAAUCAGUGAACUACAACAAAGGUAAUAAUACUUUAAAAUAGUAACGACUAAAAUAAGAAAAAAUGUUUCUAUCAAAUACAGAGAGAUGGUGGAUGAUUGUGUUGAAAAUAUAAAAAUACGUUUAAAUUUUUAUAAAAUACUUGACCCAAGAGUGAAAAUGACUAUUUGCGUGUAAACCAUAAACGGAUGAUGAUCACCUCGAAGUGGAUUAAACGAAAAAGUGAAAAAAUUCUAAAGAAAGAAAAGUGACAAAAAGGCAAAGUCUUAAAAAGCUAAAUUUAAAUUCCGUUUAAUAUAAAUUAUACAAUUCAAUUCAAAACAAAAAGAAAUGUUAGACAAACUAAUUGUUUUUUGUUCAUUUGUUAUUAUAUUAAAUUCCGCGAUUAAAUUAUGUACCGCAGCAGACUUAAGCAAAAAUGCCACAAGUGUUACACGCACAAGAGUAAGAAAUACGCGAGUGAACGCAAUGACUGAAGCUGAUGAGGAUACGUGGCAACCAAUAAUACCAACACAUUCAGUGUCAACGACACCAACUCAUGCCUCAGAUUUGUGGCAUAGUACAGAUUUAAGAAAUAACUUGGCAAAUAGUUUAAAACAAAAACAUCAAGGAUAUAUUAAUCCACAAACAUAUCACAACUCUGCAUACAAUCAUCAUUAUCAUCAGCACCAGCAUCAUCAUAACGGAAAUUAUAGUAAACGACAUAUAAAAACAUCAUCUUUAUCUUCUGUCACAUCACCAUUAUUAUCUGUAUUGCCAUCAUCCUCUGCUUCAUCACAGAAAAACAUCAAAUUGAGGUCUCAUGUUUACUCCACAACAAAUAAUAAGAAUAAUAUUAAAAACAGUAGAGGAAAAGGCAAAACUCAACCUAACUCUCAUUAUCAGCAGCAGCAGCAACAGCUUUAUCCUUUGAAUAUUAUUGAAACGGUAUAUCCUCAAAUUCAAAUACCAAACGAUAUUAUAAGUCAAGUAGAGCAACGGCAGCAAAAACAUCAAGCGAAAGUUGAGAUGAACUUAAUAUCCUCAAAACUAAAUGUAAAUCAUGUUGAGGAUGUAGCAAAAGCCAAUCAUACAAAACCAUCUUCAGCAUCAACAUCAUCAGCAUAUUGGCAUUAUUUACAACAGCCCCAACUGGAGGCAAAACACAUGAUUAGUCUAACACCAAAAAUUGACACUUCCAAUGUUAAUACUACGAGUACAAAUUCAAAUAUGAAAAUAAAUGCGUUUAGAAAUGAAAAUGAAACUGGCAAGAAAAAUGAAAAGAAUUCAAACAGCACUAGUUUAACAAAAACAUUAAAUUCUAUUGUAACUAAUGAAAAUUUGAUCGAUAAUGAAAUCAUAAAUACCAAACAGCACAAUCAGCAUUAUCAUCAUUAUGAGAAUUUACUACACAGCGGUGGGGUUAAACCUGUCACAUCAACAUCUAACGCUGCUGAUGAAAAUCUCAUAAAAGCCACUAAAAUACAUUCAGUUGACGCGGCUGCUAACACUGCUGGAGAUGAUGAAAAGAAUUUCAAUGGAAAAUUGUUGCUAUUAAGGAAAACUUUAAAUAAUGCUCAAGACUUUUAUGAUAAUUUAAAGAACAUAAUCUUGAGUGAUAAGAUUAGUGAUAGGAGUAGUAGUGAUAAUAAUGACGAUGAUGCUGAUGAUGAUGAUGAUUACGAUAUAUAUUCAAAUGAGGAUAAAACCAACUAUGAUAAUGACCUACCAAACUCUUCACUGUACCAAGAGCUAACAGAUUCAUCAACAACAGUGGCAGCAGUUAUAGCAGCAGCAAUGGAUUCAUUUAAUAUUAAAAAUAUAUUAUUGCCUUCAGCAUCAAUUGAUGAAGUUCAAGGUCAUGGAAAGCAAAUUGUUAAUGAUACAAUGAAAUACUCAUCUCCAGAAGACUCAAAUCAAAUGCAAAAUGUUGAAUUCAAGACAACAGCAGCUAGCAAUGAUACACAAGCAACAGGUCGAUUAUGGAAUUUAUUGUCAACAAAAGCUCAGAAGACAACAACAACAACAACAGCACAUUCAUCAUCAUUGUCGCCAUCAACAUCAAAGGCCUUAACAGCGAUUAGUUCCGGUCGUAAAGUGAAAAAAGUUAAAAAGAAAUUUAAAAAAUUCCUUUUACCCCUUGUGCUGGCCUACAAACUAAAGUUUAUGGCCUUAAUACCUUUACUAAUUGGUGGUCUUACCUUGCUGGUUGGCACAACAGGUUUAGCUGGAUUUUUCUUUGCUUUAUUUACGGCCGUAAUGAGCUUGAAAUCCGGCAGUCGUAAUGCAAUUGUGGUAAAGAAGUAUUGAAAUUUUUCUUAAGAAAUUAAAAUUAAAAUUCAUGUAAGAUUUUCUUAGGAGAAGGUUAUAGAAGGAAAAAAGGUUUUGUGCAUUAUUUUCUCAAACAUUUUUGAUUUUAAUCGGAAUACAAAAAUGUUACAAUUGUUAACUUGUUUUGCAUAGGUAUUUGUGUCCCGAGGAACGGUAUUUUAAAAAUUUCUUGUAAAAAUUCUUCCCAAUCGAUGCGUAUUAAUGUACUGAACAUGAGAAAAAUUAAAACUAAUUUUUUUGAAUGGUCCUCAGUUCCCUACCAGCGAUUGAAA